AUGAAUCUGGGAGCAAUACACUAUCCGAAGGGCAUGAGGUUUCAUCCUACGGACUUGGAACUCGUCGACUAUUUCCUCCAUGACAAGGCUGAUGUCGAGAAAUCGGGUUGGUACUCCAACUUCAUCUAUGAAUGCAGUGAUUUUUAUGGCGAAAAGGAGCCGUGGGUUAUUUGGGAUAUGUAUGGGGGUGCUUCAAUUGAAGAAGGAGAGCCCCUUCACUUCUAUACCAAGCGCAUCAAACAGAAUAGUAAUGGCAAACGCUUUGCUCGGAAGGUAGGCUCUGGGACUUGGAGUGGAGAAUACUCGAAAGAAGUUCUUGCCGGCGAUACCAAAAUCGGGACGAUGAGGAACUUUCGCUAUGAGAAGGGAUGUGAUCCCAAUCAAAACGGUGCAUGGCUCAUGCAUGAGUACGAGAGUGAGUGCGACAAGUAUGGCGAAAAUGAAUAUGUAAUUUGCGUUUUGAGGAGAAAUCCAAGAAAAGCGCCACCACUACUACAAGAUGAUCAGAGAGAUGUUCAACUUACCAAGAAGGAGAGUAGUACCAAAACGAGAAAGAGGAUGAGUUCGACCGCUGUUGUUGAACAACGAAAGAGAAGGCUGAAAAAGAAUUCGAAAUUAAAGGAGGAACAGAGUUCUGAGGUUGAUGACGUUGAUCAAUGUCCUGAACUCUUAGAUAUGGGAAAGGAAGAAAGGAAGCAAGAGACUUGCAACGUACAAGGUUGCAGCAGUUGUACGCAGUUGCCGGGGCUGCAGCCCUAUGAUCAUGAUCAGGCUACUUAUACUUCUUUUCAGGGAUAUUAUUCUUCUAUUAAUAAUACCGAUAAUGAUUAUAGUUAUCACUUCCCAGAGUAUAAUUUUUAUGACGAUGGUGCUAGUACUAUAGACGAAAUCAUUGGACCAGUUAAAGAUGACUGUUUGCGCGACAAGCAAUUCCAGGAUCAGCUAUAUCAUGGCGACGAGAACAGGUUGGACUUUGGAGAUUACUUGCAUGGAGGCGUGUCGCAGCCGCCUAAUGAUGAUGAUCAGCCCACUAUUGAUUACCCGUGGAAUAUGUAA